AUGAGUUCGAGUAAAAGACAUUCAAGUCCUGUUUUAAUUGCAGUGUGUGGUGGGACUGCAAGUGGUAAAACUACUUUUUGUGAUGUCAUUUCAAAAAAUCCAAAUUUCCAAAAAGUUGCUGUUAUAUCUCAAGAUUGUUUCUAUAGAAAUUUAACUGAAGAAGAAAACAAAAAUGUUAGUGAUUAUAAUUUUGAUUCUCCAGAUGCUUUUGAUUGGCCUUUAAUUUAUAAGACAAUGAAAAGAGUUAAACAAAGAAAGAGAGUUCAAAUUCCUGUUUAUGAUUUUAAAACAAACAGUCGAACUGGUGAAUUUACAGAUAUUGAGAUUGGAGAUGUAGUAAUGUUUGAAGGAUUAUAUCCUUUUUACAAUUACAAAGGAAUGGACAUGGCAUCACUCUUUGAUCUUAAAAUUUUUGUUGAAACUGAUGAUGAUGUUCGUUUAGGUCGUCGUAUAAUUCGAGAUAUGAAUUUCCGAGGAAGAACAUUGGAAAGUGUAUUAGAACAAUAUAAAAAAUUUGUUAAACCAGCAUAUGAUACAUGGGUCUCUCCUCAAAGCAAAAGGGCUGAUGUUAUUAUUCCAUGGGGUGAGAUAAGUAAUAAUGCUAUGACUGCUGAUAAUGAAAAGAUUAGUGAAUACCCAGUUGUUAAGAUGGUUACUCGUUAUAUUGAUCAAUUUAUUGAAAAAUCCAAUUUUGAGAAGGUUGUUAGAACUGGUUCAGCAGAAAUUCUUGAUGGUGCUGAAAUUAAGGAAUCAGCUUUGAGUGAUGUUGAAUAA